GAACAUGAAGACACCCUUUCUUCCCUUCCAGAUGAUCCAAUUCCAGAGUUUCAUCCCUUACGAUACCAAGAUAUGCCGAUAGUCUUUCGACAAUCCGAAGAAGUAAGGCGUUUCAUGUUGACUUCAAACGAUAUAAGGUCUUCAGUGGCCAUAAUAUGGAACACAAUGGAGGAUCUUGAACACACAUGGUUGUCAAGGCUUCAACAACGUUACAAAGUGCCCAUCUUCCCAAUAGGUCCAUUGCAUAAGAUAGCCCCGACUAGCCGAACAACUAGCUUGAUCGAAGAAGACGAUAGCUGCCUCGCAUGGUUGGAUGAUCAAGCUCCUCAAUCUGUCAUCUUUUUAAGCGUAUGUGGGAGCUUGGCUGCCAUUGAUGAAACGGACUUUGAAGAGAUCGCCUCGGGACUGGCUGAUAGCAACCAGCCUUUCCUUUGGGCAAUCCAGCCCAGUUCAAUUGAGGGUUUGGAAGAGAAAGAACGGCUCAUAGAAGACUUCGAGAAAAGAAAUAGAAACAGAGGACGAGUAGUGAAAUGGGCUCCACAAAAGAAAGUAUUGGCUCAUGGCUCGGUGGGUGGAUUCUGGAGCCAUUGCGGUUGGAACUCGACGCUAGAGAGUCUCGGUGAAGGCGUUCCGAUGAUUUGUAGACCGCACUUUGCUGAUCAAUUGGUGAACGCUAGGCUCUUAAUCCAAGAGUGGAAGGUCGGGUUGGAGUUGGAGAAGGUGGAGAGAGGUGUUAUUGCAGAGACUAUUAGAAGACUUAUGGUGGGAGAUGAGAGAAAAGAGCUGAAGAAGAAUGUCAUGGAUAUGAAACAGAAACUUGAUGACAGCUUCCAGAAAGAUGAAGGCACUUCAAACAAAGCAGUGAAUGAAUUAACAAACUUCAUAUCUUCACUCAGUUUAAAAUUCCCUUUGUGAGGUGAGGGCGGGACAGUCCUAGAAAUUUUGAGUAACAAUAUCUACCAAGUGCUCCUGGUUUUCAAGGAUCCCAUUUUCCUAACUAGUAAACUCACCCGUGCGAUGCACGGUUUGAGAAUUUUUCUUUCGAAUUUAUGUGUGCUUAGUAAUUCAAAUCACACUAUCAAUUGAUGACAUCAUCUAUCUUCAUGUAAUACAGAUUAACAACAAAACACUAAACGAAAC